GUAUCGCGUGGACUGUUUAAAAAUGGUGUUACGGGUUUUGGUAAUAUUUCCCCUAACUAUAGUUUAGUAUUUGAAUAUCAGAUUUUAAAAUAAAUUACCAUGGGCUCUAAUAAUACUUUACUAACAGACCUGUUUACUUCCAAGUUCGUCCUUGAUUGAGUGACUCUUUUUGAUGUCAUCAAGGAAAGCGACAAGUUCACAAUGUAACGUCACUACAAUUCCAACAAUUUGCGUGGAUAGUAAUUUGGAAUUAGUCGAUGGUUACGAUGGUAGUUUGUGUGCGAAGUCAGAGGAGGAUUUUUACAUCAUUGAAGAGCAGACGUUCGGCAUAAACGAGUUAUAUUACUUAUCACGUCUUUCAUGUAUCAGCAACCACAAAAAGUUCCUGAUAGCUAUCGCACUUCUUUCACAGUGUGGUGAAGGCUACCGUUUUGCUACACAGCAGUGGUUAAGUAACACCAGAAGAGAAUCUAAAGAAGGUCCUGAUAAGAUGUGUGCAGAUCUCAGCAGUGCAGAUUAUAUAAAAAACCUUUGUAACACGUCGUUGUCAAAUAGCGAACUGCUGAAAAAUUUGAAGAAGCUCAUUCCCUUUGUUGGACAGCAGUACAGUAAUAUGCCUUGUCAAUAUUCACGUCAUGAUUCUGUUCCGAAUAGGUUGGAAAGUGAUCAUAUCGAGUAUUUUCCUGAGACCCAUGCUAAGAAUGUCAUGGAUGAUUUACCACAUGAUAUCGAAUCAGUAUCACAAAACUUUCUAAGCACUAAGAGGCAGUACUUAGAAUUAGUUAGUAAAAGCUUUGUAUCUUCUCUUAUUGAUGACCAUGACGCUUUGAUCAAGGAAGUUCAUUAUAAUCAUGUUCCAUUGCGUGAAGUGGCAGUUCAGACAUCUAUCGGCCAACUUUUUAUCUCCACAAUCCUUCAUACAUCCUUCAACGAAGACGAUCGAAAGUGGUUACUUUCUUCGAUUCGGAGUAAAUACAAGGCACUGUCAGGAGAAAACAAUGUAUCACAAAAACAAAAUUCCAUAGAUGAUAGUCUUCGUUCGAAAUUGUUUGACUGUCUGAUUGAUCUUGGUUUGGAUCUCACUUGUGCUUUGCAGCGUAUGACGUCAGACUCAUCACUGUCCCAUUCAUUGACUUCUUCUGGAUUUCUGUCGGGUUCUGGUGGUUCGGAUAGUCAGUAUGAUUUACUCAUGGAAGCUUCUAAUUCUGGAUCUCAAACAAUGAAUCCUAACAACGGUAUGAAUAGUACCAAGGCAAAUUACGGUACAUUGUUAACUGUUCCGAAUGCUGACGUUAAGUGUGGCUUGUCAAGCAACUUCUGCAACAAUCACUCGUACUGUCUCCAUCCAAUAAAUUCAUCAUCUCAUCAUUCAUAUCGAAGGCUAUCUGAUAUCCCUAACGUAUCCAACUUCCAUUCCACUUCGUCUUCACAACACCAUACUCAUGUGACACUAACUGACUAUAAUCAAGAAAACAAAACAUCAAAAACGAUUGACUCAGGUGCAAAUCCAAUCUUUGCUUCAAAGUCAAAAGAUUUUUUAGUAGUCAGUCCAUCUGACUUCACAUCUGUUCAAACUCCGGCGGUUGAUGUAGCUAGUGGACAGAUAAACCUCUCUCCAAAUGAUACUUGUCAACAAAGGGCAUCAAUAAGUACACUAAGUGAUUCGAGGGCAAUUGCACCAAGUAACCCAGACCCAAGUGUUUGUAUCUCACAAGAAGUACUUUCGGUUCAUAAAUCACCAGAACCUGUGGAGAGUUAUAAACAUCUUAUGAAGUACAAUGGGAAUUCACCCUCUCAGUUUCUCGUGGGAACCUCUGAAGGUGACUGGAUUUCUGACUCUCCUUAUUCCACAGCAGCUGAGCAUUCCAACCUUGUGAAUGAUCGUCACUUAUCAUCACUUAACAUUAAUAUUCAUCCUCAUCCAGUCUCACAAGGUCAUCAUCAUGAAGAAUUACCCGAUAAUUCUAUGAAUUUUUCUGAAGUACAAGACGAGUCAGCUCAUUUCGGUCCUUCUGUUGUUUUGGCUCAACUAGUUAAUUCUCAUGAUGGUAGGCAUAUUUCGCGUUAUGUCAGUGAAGAAAAUAAUUUCUUAAACCCAUCUUCUGGAAUGACAGCUGUUCCACAUUGGUUAAAAAGCCUACGACUGCAUAAGUAUGCUGGUUUAUUCCAAAACUUGCUGUAUGAUGAAAUGAUGGAUAUUACUGAUGAUUGGCUGAAGGAGCAUGACGUUACACAGGGAGCAAGAAAUAAAAUCCUGUUGAGCAUUGAAAGACUGAAACAUAGAAAAUCUGUUCUAUGUGGGAUGGAGAAGCGUCUCUCAGAAGUUCCAUCAACAGGUCAGCUAGCUCGAGCUGCAUUACAUUCUUGUUUGUCCGAAAUUAAAUAUAUCCUACUAACGCCAAUCAAACCGUCAUUCGAAUCAACAGCUCAUUCAAUGCAUUUAUGUCAACCUGUCGGUUCUCCAUCUUCAUCCUCUGAUGUCAUAGGCUCAAGACAGUCAUCGGUGAUGACGACCAACACCAGAACUAAUUCAACCCAUCUAAUGAGUCCAAUAACAGUAACUACUUCAACAGAUAAUGCUAACAAUACUGGUACUGUAAACAAUACAGUUGAUGGGGAUAUUAACGAUAAUAAUGGAAACAACAAGUAUAACUGCAGUACAAAUGUCAUAAACUCGGUAAAUAAUAUAGCAAAGGACUCCACUUCUACUGUUUAUUACUGCUUUUGUAAUGCGUAUCCUUCCUGUGCGGAAAGCUCCUGUUAUCUAAAUGAAGAGCAACAACAACACCAUAGAAUGACGACUCCUAAUCAAAUAUUCCAUGAGAAUAAAUCUUUAUCUCCUCCUGGUCCUAAUGUUUCACUGGAUAUUUCUUAUGGUAGUAAUAGAUACGCAAAUAGCAUGUAUAACAAUAUACCACCGUCCUUAAUUAUUACCACUGAAUCAAAGAAAGUCAGUCAAAAUAAAGAGGAAGUUGGUAGCAGUGAAUACGACGACACCGAAAAAGACGAUAGUAGUGACAAAUAUGGUGAUGGAAACAUACCUGGAUGUAUCAUUAACUGUUUAACAAAAGUGUGCUCCGGUUUAUUGGUUAAUGCCUAUCCGGAUGCUAAUUUGUGCGAAGAAUUCCUACAGAUAUUAGAAAUUAUUCUAAACCAUGUUGCUUUUAGCGAACAACAGAAGAAGCUUGUUUUAUUCUGGAAGCAUCGUGUAAUUGCUGUGUAUGGUCAGUAUUUAACGCAUCCUCAUACUCAUUCAUCAAAAUCUAAAUCAGAUUCUUGCUUUAACUUUUGCCCUCGUCCAUUAUCACAAAGUAAUUACUCGGAUAAUCGCAUUCGCAAGAUUCCAAACCAUUGUGUGAGUCAUGAACGAGCAGGUUUUCAUCAGUUGGCUUAUAAACCUCUUCAUGCAAAUGGACUUUCUCCUUCUGGUGUGUGUUUUCAUAAUGCUCACGGUGCUUCUUGCUUCACUCUCGAUACUUCGGAUUUACCCCACCCGUUUUUUGAUGCAGGUUCUGUCCAGACAAAUUUGCCGAUGAACGUCACCGUCUCAACGGAAGUUUCACGACGGCAUAGUAUUUCUGUUGGUGAUUCUCAAAAUCAUUUAGCGGUGGGCAAACAAAACAACCGGCGUAGGAUGCCUAGUCCAAACUUAUCUUGCUUUCCCAGUAGAAAUGUUAUACCAAUCAAUCCCAAUUCAAAUACUUUUGCAUUUCCGCAUCACCCUCAAGCAUCUUCCGAGAUGGAAUUGUCUGGCUAUCCAUCACAGUUGCCACGACCACGCUUUCAUAGUCCAUCAAGAUUUGACCCUUCAACCAACAUAGCUCCACGCCGUAAUCUGAUGCCACUUGCAACUGCUCCUGUUACUAGAAUGCCUUCUCCUUCCGAUGUCUGUCGUAACAGCACUAGCUAUACUGACUGGUUUUUUCCCAAUAACAGGUCUGGAUUUCCAAUAGUUCCUUUUACAUCAAGUAUCUCACCACUUUCAGCUUGUGAAGGGUCUUGUUCAAACAAUACAAUUCCUGAUACUCAUCUAUUUCAACAAGUGAAAACAUCAAAUGUCCCAUUUCGCAUAUUCCCACAUCAAGAUGUUCUUAACAACGGCACCAUUCGUAAAUGGACAAGCUAUUUCGAUUACAUUGUGACUGAUGCAAGAAAACCAGCAUUUUUCCAAGAAGGAACAAUUUUAAGAGUUGUUUGCCAGGAAACUGGCCAACCGAGUAUAGGACACCACAUGGGUCCUUUAGAAACUGGUCAAAUAUAUUCUGGAGGUUCAUGUGAGGUGUUUUCAAGUUUAAUUGGUGCUCGUGGAAAAGAUGUUCUGUAUGUCGGUGAUCAUGUUUAUGGAGACAUACUAAAGUCAAAAAAAACUGUUGGUUGGCGAACAUAUUUAAUCAUACCUGAAUUAGCCAAUGAAAUUUACGUUUGGAAGAAGAAGAAAUCAUUAUUUCAUGAGUUACAAAGAAUCGAUAAUAAUCUUGAAACUAUAUAUCGUGACCUGAAUAUCUCGUCUGAUAUAAGGCCGGAUGUUGGUGAUUUGCAAAGAAAGAUUCGAGCUGUAGCCCAACAAAUGGAAGAGUCGUAUGGUGCACUGGGGAGCAUUUUCAGAAAUGGCUCAAGACACACAUUUUUUUCAUCUCAAGUAAUGCGCUAUGCAGAUUUAUAUUCUUUUUCAUGCAUCAAUUUAAUUUACUAUCCGUUGUGUUACAUGUUCCGUGCACCUGCUAUGCUUAUGCCACAUGAAUCAACUGUAUCUCAUGGGGACUCACCAAAAGAUAGUUUCUCAGACUUAGAUUCUGUACCUUGUGGAAUUCGUCGACGUACUAAAAAUGGUAUCACUCCGAUUACAUUGGGUAAAAGUGAAGUCAGUUCUUCUUCUUCUCUCGAAAAUGCACAGUAUCUUCAUAAUGUUAAUGAUAGCUGCAAUAAUAGUGUUGGUCGAGAUGAUGAACCACAGGAUUCAUUUGACCUAUCAGAUUAAAAAUCCUACUUAAUUUUCUCAAUUCGCUCAUAAUUGUCAAAACAAGAGAGGAGAGAAAAACAAAUAUCAAAGAAAGAGAACAUCAAAGUAUAUAAUUCAAUCAAUCUAUUUAGUACACUGUCAUCUAGUCAAAAUUAAAUAGAACACAAUUGUUGCCUCGUUUCAUUAUUUUUUGAACUGCUCAUACUUUCUUUCUUCUUUGUUUUGAAUCGCCUAAUUAUAGUUAUUAUUGAAUUAUCAAAUAAUGAGUGUAAUGCAUGUGUACUGUUUUCUUACCUUUGCCUGUAACAUCUGAUUUUAUCAUCUUUUUACCUCAUGAAUACAAAAGGCAUAUUCAUGUUAUGGUUAGCACAAUUAAAAUCAAAUUUUUCUCAAAACGUAUCCUAUGAAAUUUCAGUUGUGUUUUGGUGCUGCGCCUUCAUAGUAGCUGAAAUUCCUACAGAUUUUUGAUGACGAUUGUAAUAUGGAAUAAGUUAACAGGUAAAAAAAGGUACUAUACUGCUAUUUGUUUAUUAGUUUAAUUUCAAUUGAACUUAAAGAUAGUAGUAUUCAGUUGCAAGAUUUAUAGCAAAGAUGUGUUUGAUGUAAAAGAGUAAAACUGCUGAUUAUUUUUCAAUUUUUUCAUUGUCUACUGCUGCUGUUCAACCUUUUAACUCAUGCACUUGUCUUUGUAAUAUUCGCAUAAUUGUCCAAUUUUUUUAAUUAGUUAGAGAUUGGAUGGUUGAAUUUUCUUGCUCACUUAAUUACAGGAGAUUUAAUUUCUCAUCAAGGAAGAAUUUAUUCAUAUUCAAUUCUAUGGGUAGUAAUAUUCCUAGUUAAAUAUUUGUCGCUUGCUAUCCAGAGGUGGUAGCAGUAUUUCGCUUUAUUCUGUGAACUGACCUCUUAUCAAUGUUUUUUUGUUGUUGUUGAAGUGAACUACCCACUUUUCUCUACUGCCCUCUAUUUCCUUUUUUCCUCUUUUCUCUUUCGUUUCUCAUCCUUGGUACCAUUUAUUCGUUACUUGAUGUUUGCAUAUCGAAGAACAAUAAGAGUAAUCAUCAUCCAAAUAAUAAUAACAAUCAUUUGAUCAACUAACUUUCCUCCUGUUAUUAUCACUAUUAUUGGUUGUCUUUUGCUUCUUGAUUUGCUGUGAUCACUAUGAUGUUGAUGAUUUGCAGCGGGUAUUUAUGUAAAAAUAUAAAAUAAAGAAAACCGUAAAGCUUUAAGAAUAGUU